AUGGAGGGACUCAUUCUGGUCCUGUGGACGUCCCUGCUGCUGGCUGAGGAUACAGGUUGUUUGGAGGUGCCAGCCCAGAACCUGAGCUGUUUCCAGUGCUUCAAGGUGUCCAGCCCCCGCCACUGCCUGCCCACGAACUGCACUGCCACUGACCACGUGUGUGUGUCCCACAAGGUGCUCAUCCUGGCGGGGCAGAGGACGAUGGUGUCCAUCAGCAAGCGCUGUGCACGCCACUGCCCCAGUACCAACCACGUAUUCCAGUGGUCGCCAAGCCCUGAGACCGACGUCAGGAUCUUCAGGCACUGCUGCUCCGGGUACCUCUGCAACCAGGCCCCGCGCACGGGGCGGGGGCAGCCUCUGCUGCACGCCGGCCUCAUCCUCCUCCUGCUGGCUCUGCUGGCCCUGCCUGGCCUCCUGCCUCCAGUUGCUUGGCCGGCCCUGACCCUCUUGCCUUGA